UUUUGUUAAUCAGUUGCUUCAUAACCAGUUAACGCGUCCUAUAGCAUCGCUCUCGCUCUUCCCGAUCGGAAUCCAAUUCGUGUGCGAUUAGCAGCGGAGACCCUUUCAAGUGAAUUUUGUUUUCGAUCCUCCUAGCAAUUGAUUGCCAUUACAUAACAAUUAUUAUUUGAGCUUACUGGUUUUAUUAGACGAUAAAUUCGUCUUAUUCAAAUCUAACAGUUAUUGAACAAUAUUUUUUCUAUUUACCGGUGUUCUUGAAUGCCGGUUGUAUAUUGAACAGCUAUUAUUCCAAUUUAACGAUCCCUCCUUAUUAUCGUUUAAUUAGUUGCCUCUAUUUUACUUUCAAUAUUUACUUUUAUUUGUGAAUUGGAAAAAGAAAAAGAUGAGGAGGUCGUUGUUUAGUUCGGCCACUACUUGGUCCACAAUCCAGAGCCUGCUCAAGACACAAAACUCGUUGACAGCUCGUAUGAGAAGUGAUUGCGCUGCUUCGGUGAUGCUGAAAGACGUACCGCAGGCCGCAGUCAUUCCCGCCUGGAAGCAGAGCGAACUGCUCGAAUUCAACAGGUUGCUGCCCGAUAUUGUCAGAGAUCUCACCGAAACUGACAACCGCUACUAUGAUGUCGACAUAUCCAACAAGUGGUUUGCAAAGCUGCUGCAAUACAACAUGACUGGAGGAAGCAAGAUGAGAGGACUUGCCGUGGUACAAGCUUACAGGACUCUGGCUGCACCGGGAGAUCUCAGUGAAGAAAAUUUUAAACUAGCACGAAUAAUGGGAUGGUGUUUGGAAAUCCUGCACACUUCACUUGGACUGACCCAGGACAUACUGAACCGGGCUGAGCACCGCAAUGGCAAACUGUGCUGGUACCUGCACUCUCCCCGCCAGCAGCCCGACGAAGCUCCCCGCCUUCUGCACAAUGCCAUCUUUAUUCUGCUCAAAAAACAUUUCCACAAUCAAUCCUUCUAUGUCGAUGCUAUGGAGCUGUUUCACGAUAUAUCUCACAAAGCUAUGAUGGGAAUGGUACUGGAAUUGGAAACACAGAGCGAUCGCUUGUUGAAUCAAUACACAAUGGACAGAUACUCAUCGAUUGCAAAGUAUAAAACUGCCUACCACUCAUUCAAACUGCCUGUUUCACUUGGUCUCUACAUGGCCGGUGUGAGAGACUUGGAAAUGCACAGACAAGCUAGGACUAUUCUACUCGAAAUGGGACAUUUCUAUCAAGUUCAGAAAGACUUUUACAAUUGUUUUGGAAACUCGGAGAUGUUGCCCGGCACCGACAUUGAGGAUGGAAAAUGUUCGUGGCUUGUAGUGGUUGCUCUUCAGAGGGCUUCAGUCGAGCAGAAACAACUUCUAUUGGAAUCAUACGGCUCGAAGGACCCAGCCAAAGUGGAAGCCGUGAAGCAGCUGUACAUGGACCUUGGGCUUCCUUCCACAUUCAAACUCUACGAAGAGCACACGCAUGACCUCAUCUGCACCCAGAUCCAACAGAUCUCCAGAGGAUUACCUCACAAGUUAUUCUAUACCUAUCUCAAAAAUUUCACUAUACCCUUGUCCAAUAAAUUCUAAUGGAAUCUGGAAAAUCCAUUGAGAAUUUAAUGAAAAUACGAUCAGCCGAGAGGUAUAUAUAUAUAUAAGGUGGCUGGGAAGGAUAAUGGAGUCUCAAUGAAAAUAUUCUCAGGAAUAGAAUGACGAACAGGGUUACGACUAGAGUGAUGGUAGUAAGAUUCGGGGCGUUGAGAAAAAUUAUGCUUUAGUAAUUUUUUCCAAAAACAAAACUGCUUUGGCUAAACAAAGUGGUUCGGUUUUCUUUUAAACACUACAUCCAUCGUGUAAAUGUAAUAGCUCUUUCUUUUGAGAGACAGACACUUUUAUUAGCUUUGAUAUUAGGGCAAGGAAAGUAGGGUUAUAGUAUCAAUAAAUUAGAUAAUGAGUCUACUGAAAGUUGAGUAGUUGAAUAGCAUUUCACUCAGUGAACUACACUCACCUUCAUAAAAUCAUAAUAAUUUAUUGGAAUAAUUAAUGUAACAUCUUUAGAUAAUAUUAAACUUGUUCAGAAUGUCCAAGUUAGUGAAUAUCGUCACCAAUCAAUUUUUCAGAAAAAUGAUGAAUUAUCAUAGACAGAGUUCAGUAAUAAAAUAGGCUAAGUAAUAAUAAUUAUUAAUUAUUCAUGAUUUUAUAUUAUUUUAUUAUCAUUAUGAAAGUAGUAUGCUAUGAAAUAUAUUAUUUUAAACGAG